AUGUUCGAGAUCAACCGACGCGAGGUGUCCGUACAGGCCAAGCGGCCGUUCGAACCACGGAUGGAGGCGGAUUCGUGGGCGCGGUACAAGAGCGUGAUGUGCAAGAUCAUUUGGGUUAUUUACCGGACCAAACAACGGCCACAAGAGGAAAGGCCGCCAUACGCCAUGACAAGCACCCAAACCCGAUAUUGGAAAGGGUUUACCAAGGCAUGCCGCCAAUACCAGGCAACACGGGAAUACCAAGCGACGUUGGCAGCCAAAGAGGAUCGCGAAGAGUGGGGUGUGAGCAGUGCCAGCGAUAGCGUCGGCAGCAGCACCAGCGAGGAUAUCAACAAACAGAUCAAGGAAAGCCAGGGUUCGUGCCGUGGCAUGUGUUUGCGGUUUAUCAUAGCCAUGUUGGAUCAUUCAUUGGGCGACCACCAAUACGACAGCGUAUUGAUCAGCACAUUGGCCGUGAUGGGUGUCCGGGACGAUGGCGGAUGGCAGAACGCGUUGGAUUACACGCCCGUGUUGUCGGCCGUCAUCAAGGUGGCACGAAUUGUUGUGUUAUAUCAUGUAUAUACCGAGCGGCAGGCCGAGAUUCGUACGAUCAUGGAAGAAAAGGGUAUAAACGAGGCCGACGCCCGGCAAUUCGGCACAUCCAUGUUCGCGCGCACACGACAAUACAUCCAUACAUUUAUGACACGGACCGGAAAAGAAGCCGACGAGUCCCCAUCGCCGAUGGAUUGGAUGUUAGAGACACGCACGUAUGGAAUGAAGAUCCGGUUCACAACCACGGCCGGAGGUGUAAUUGAUUGGAUCGGCGACCAGGUUAUAUUCCGACGGAUUCGAUUUACGAUGGCCGAGUUGAGCGGGUUUAUGCACGCCGUAUUGCAAGAGGCACGCAAUAUCAUGGCCGAGUUAACAAUGUGUGGCAGCGAGGGUAUACAUGCGUUGCCAGUCAUUGUGUGGGAUGAUGUAUAUGAUGACAACAGUAACGAUGCCGUUGGAUAUACAUUUAUUAAAGACGACCGAAACACGCCAUGGGUUGAGAAAGGGGAGGGGUAUAUCAAAAGGCAGUUGGUUCAGUGCAAACAGCGGCGGAAGGCAUGGUUGCACAGGCCAGACGCCGACAACCAACAAACCAGCCAACCAGCGAGGCAUCCAUACAGAGAAAAAACAGCCAGAGAAUAUGGGCGGUUAUUGGAUCGAUUCCGCGAGAAGUUAUUGAUAUUAAUGCACAUGGUAUCCGGCCAGCCGGCGCGCGCCACGGAGAUAUUGACGGUACGGAUGGAGAACACAGCCAACGCAGGGGCACGAAAUAUAUUUGUCAGCCAUGGGCAGAUGUGUUUCGUCACGGCAUAUCACAAGAAUUUCCAGCAGUCAGACCAGGUCAAGAUCAUCCAUCGAUUCAUGCCGCCCGAGGUGGGCGAGUUAUUGGUGUGGUAUGUAUGGUUGGUUUUGCCGUUUUGGCAGAACGUGCAGGGCAUUAUCAAGAGGUCAACGUUCCGCAGCGCAUAUAUAUGGGCCGACGAGAUCACAUCACGCAAUGCAAUUGACCAGGCAGUGGAUCAAGACAUGCGUUUCAGCAGCCAGCAAGAUAUCCAAGACCCAGAGCGACCGACGGAGCCAACAAUGCAGCCGUUCCGCGAGGCAAAAUGGUCAUCCGACCGUGUUCGGCGUAUUAUCCAGCAACACAGCGAGCGGUUGUUGGGUUGCAAGUUAAGCACGAGCAGUUGGCGACAGAUCGCCAUUGCCAUAUCCAACCGAUAUUUGGGCACCAAACACGACCCGUCGUAUAGUGGCGAGAAUGGGGAGGACGAAGAUGGUAUUGACGAUGUGAGUGAUGCGCGGGAUUUGCAGGCCACACACACAUCCCAUGUGGCAGGCAUGAUAUACGCGCGCGAGAUGCAGCAAGGAUUAGGCGGCACGGCAAUCAUGCGAGAAAAAUUCCGUGAGGUGAGCCGGGAAUGGCAUCAAUUUUUCGAUUUCGGGCAGGAAGGCACCAGCCGAGACGGUGUGCAGGGCGAGGUCACAGCCGCCACACAGCAGCGAAGGCAGCGAAACAAGUUUGAGAGCAGCCGACAGAGUGUGCGGUUAAGAAGAUUGGAGGCAUUGCGACAGGUUGAUAUAUCAGCCAUGUUAGAAUGCAUCAAAGGCAAAGCAGCGACAUUCCGGCCGGGACAGAGGAAAGUUGUUGGCGCCAUUGUACGAGGGGAGAGUCCGGUAGUGCAGAUCACGCCCACGGGGGGCGGGAAAAGCAUGUCAUUCAUGUUGCCGGCGUAUUGUUCGCAGCAGGGCCGGACGAUCGUAAUUGUGCCGUUGGUUGCGUUGCAGGAAGACAUUCAUGGCGAGUGCAUAAAGCACGGCAUUGAGGCCAGCAUAUGGAACAGCAAGACAGGCGUGCACCAAGGAAGCCGAAUUAUAUUGGUUAUUACCGAAGCCGUGUUUACGGCCGCAUUCCAGCAUUUCAUUCAGCGAUUGCAGAAUCAGUUCGCCAUUGACCGGGUUGUGGUCGACGAAUGCCAUACAAUAUUGGAUGGAUCCGACACAUUCCGGCCAGCGUUACGUGAUGUUGGGCGAGAAAUCGCAUUAUGGGGUGUGCAGCGGGUAUUUUUGACGGCCACAUUGCGACCGACAGAGGAAAAGGAGUUUUACACACGGGCGCAUAUUAAUGCAAAGAGUGUGGUAAUGUUCCGGGGCCAAACAACACGGCGCAACAUCCGAUACAGGGUAGUGUUUGUGGAGGGCGAGAAGAAUGCCAGCGAUAAAUACAGCGCACAACAAGAGGCAGAAGACGAGAAGGCGAUGGAGAUGGCACGAGAUUGGAUUAAAGAGAAUAAAGAAGGGCGUGUAAUUAUAUAUGCCAGCACCGUUCCACGGACCAAAGAGUUGGCCAAAGUAUUGGGCGUGGAUGCAUAUUAUAGCAAGGCAGGAAGUCGAGAGGAAAAGCGGCGGCGGAUGCAGUCGUGGAUGACGACCAAGCGGUUGAUCGUGGCGACCAAUGCAUUGGGUUUAGGGAUCAACGUGUCAGAUGUACGGUUCGUGAUCCAUGUAGGUUUACCGUACCAGGUCCGGGCAUUCGCACAGGAAAGUGGACGGUUGGGUCGGGAUGGCAGGCAGGGAACAUCGAUUAUAAUUUGCAAGGCAAUGAAGGGGCAGCAAGGGUUUACACAAGAAGCCCAGAGCGUUCGAGAUGAAGAGAUGGUGGAAUAUAUACGAGGGACACGGUGCCGACGAUUUGUGUUGGACAAGGCAAUGGAUGGACGCAUACGAGAGGGUGGAUGCCAGGACGACGAAGAGAUGUGCGACGUAUGUAUUCGAGGCGGGCACGUACAAGAAAGCAGCGUUAUGGCAAUCCGGCAUAUUAUCGGUCCGGAAAGCAUAACCAAUGAGGCCACAGACGAGGAAAGGAAUGCAACAGACCAUGACCGAGAGCAUAAAAGGCGCCGAAUAGAGGAAAACAGAGCAAUUCAAGUUGGUGGUGCAUUACCAAGGGCACCAUCACCGGAUGGGGAGGGUUGGACGUUUGGCGACGACGAGGAAAAGGCACCAGAAGAGCAGGUUGCAGAGGUUCAAGAAACCAGCAUGGAGAUAUACAUGCAGGAACGAGACCAGGAGUUUGCGAUUUGGAAGGAGAGCGAGAGGAUCCGAGAUAACACAUUAUUGACGGAGAUAUUCGAGAGGCAGUUGGCCAGUUGGAGCGAGGGUUGUAUAUAUUGCCGAAUGACCAGCGGCGAGGACGACCAUGAAGGGUCAUGCCCGUUAGAAGCAAACGACAAGGGGGUUUUCGAGGGAAUUGAGAGAGGUGUGAAGCAAGGGGGUUUUCGAGGGAAUUGA